GUUCGUUUGGGGCUGAUUCCCGAAGAAUUCUUCCAGUUCCUUUAUCCCAAAACUGGCGUAACAGGACCCUAUGUGCUUGGAACCGGACUUAUCCUAUAUUUUCUGUCCAAAGAAAUAUAUGUGAUUACUGCAGAGACCUUCUCUGCCAUAUCAAUAAUAGGGUUGCUUAUCUAUGUAGUUAAAAAAUAUGGUGCCUCUAUUGGAGAAUUUGCUGAUAAACUCAAUGAGCAAAAAAUUGCCCAACUAGAAGAGGUGAAGCAGGCUUCCAUCAAACAAAUCCAGGAUGCAAUUGAUAUGGAGAAGUCACAGCAGGCCCUGGUUCACAAGCAUCAUUACCUUUUUGAUGUCCAGAGGAAUAACAUUGCUAUGGCACUGGAACUUACUUACCGGGAACGGCUGCACAGAGUAUACAAGGAGGUGAAGAAUCGCCUGGACUAUCACAUCUCUGUGCAGAACAUGAUGCGCCGAAAGGAACAAGAGCACAUGAUAAACUGGGUGGAGAAGCACGUGGUGCAGAGCAUCUCUGCACAGCAGGAAAAGGAGACAAUUGCCAAGUGCAUUGCAGAUCUAAAGCUGCUUGCAAAGAAGGCUCAAGCACAGCCAGUUCUGUAAAUGCAUCUAUCCCGGUGGAGACAGCUAGGAGCAAUUGACUAAAGAAACUAGUCCAUGUAACAAAAUCUUUCUGUAUUGCUGUCUACUGAAGUUACACUUAACCUUUCCUAAAAAUGAAAAGUUUGUUUCAUAUAGUCAGAGAAUUAAAACAAUCUCUUGGCCAACGAGAUGUUUUUCAUCCUUCUUGCUCUGUAUUUUGAGUUCCAUGAUCACUUUUGAAUGAGCAGUUUGCUGUUAAUAAAAUUUGUUGGCUGACUAAUGA